AUGCCGGUGGUUCGCAAAUUUGACAACGAUUCCACAACACUGCAUUUCAUUAAUGAUUGUUGUUGUUAUACAUUAUCCACGUGGGCGAGCUUGCAAGGUUUGCCUUAUAGGUUGCACGGUCUGGCACCGCGAGUGUUAUUCCGAGGUGCGAGCCAAAGUGUGGCAGACGAAGGCGAUGGACUUUGCCACGCAUGUUCCACAUUUCUCGGCUGUUUUAUCUUCAUUGCGCUGCUCGGCCUUUUGCAAGAGCAUUGUCUGAGCAGCUUGAGUGAGACAUACCAGGUGCAGCUGCCACUUUUAAGUGCUGCGUGGGGCGCUGCGGCUGUUCAGGUCUUCAGCUCGUGGCAGCAUGAUGGUGCACAGCCUCGCAGUGUCCUCCUGGGCAACCUUUUAGGACCGCAAGGAUUUCACACCGCGAUGCUCCAUCGGCUGUGGAUUUCACUGCCUGUGCUGCAACACGCGUUUGCUGAGCCAGGUCUAUCGAGCUGUCCGAGGUCCACUUGCAGGAACCGUCGCGAAGACGGCGAUGGCGACUGCCGGUCUACCUCAGAUGUCUAUGUCGCCAGCAUAAAGAUCUGCAGGCAUACAAGCGGCUCCACCUUCAUCCAGGCAGUAGUUCGGGCGGCUCAACGCCGUGCUGAAAGCGACCCUGACACCAUGCCGAAUACAACUGAGGUGCAGGGUGGCGAGAAUGGCACUGACCUCUGGUGGCCAUGGCUGCCCUGGCCUACCACCACCGUGCCGGUCACCACGGUCCCGCCACCAGCGCGUUCUGAUGAAGGCCGAAGGCUACAGGUCAUCAACCGGUGCAAUCGGCCAAUGAUAAUGCAUCCAACUGGUGGCAACAGUGAGAUCCCAUGUGGUUCUGGAUGUCCCGGUGGGAUGACUUGCAAUCCAUACGACAGGUUCUGCUACUUCGACUUUCCCGAACCGUCCGCAGGAUGGACGAUUCAACCUGGAGCCACGGUGGAGCUCUACACUCCAAAUGUUGCCGUUCGCCAGGGCAACGGCGUGGUUGCAGACUGGAGCGGCAAACUGGAGUUCUACCCCAACGCCAGCAUGGACAUGGGGCCGCCGGCAUCCGCUCUCUGCAACGGACAAAGCAAGUGUCCGACGUACCAGGGACUGAACGGAGUUGCCACGGCCGUCGAGUUCACCUUCGUUCCACAGGGUGCAGACUUCUAUGAUGUUUCGAUCAUCAACGGGUUUAACAUUGGCAUCGAGAUGAAGCCAGACGGAUCCUUCCGACCUGUCGUCCACGCAGGUGCCGACAGUAGGGGCUACAACUGUGGAGCAGCUGGAGCUAUGGCGCAAGCAGACAGGCGCUUGUCAGCUUGCCCGUGGGAGUUCUCCAAGCGACUCCAGGCGCUGGGACAAGCUGACAUCAGCCCACUGCUAAUGCAAGUCGAUGGGGGAUAUGGCUACUGCCGGACGCAUGCAGAUUGCCAGGGGCAGGACAUUGUAUGUGGGCAGGUUGCCAAAACGGUUUGGGAUUGGGUGGCGAGAGUGUAUCGUCCGACGACACAGAUUACCAUGGAGUGCGGCCAUCGGAUUGGCAUGUGGUCAGUCUACCAGCUCUGUGUCUGGAGUGGGAACACGUAUCGCAGCCCUGCCCCUUUCGAUGGACUGAUCGAUUGCCCUAGCAUGCACUACAUGUUUGCCUGUGCUGGCCCUGCUCCCUGGACAACAACGUGCUACAACAACGUACCCGCUGGUGGUGAGUGCUGCGGAUGUGCCAACUGGACAGAAGCGCUGGGAAUUCCUAUACCGGAAGGUGGCAAAGGCUGCCAGGGAGCCAGUCAGACAUGGCAGGCGACCGCUCAACCUUUCUACGAGAUUCUGAAGGCCGGCUGUCCGACGGCCUACACCUUCGCAUUCGAUGAUGAGACCAGCACCUUCACGUGCCGAACUGCGGAGAGCCAGGAAGAUGACACUAUUCCCAACAGGGCAGGCUACAACAUAACACUCUGCCCGACGGACCCGGACUUCGUGGAGCUGGGUGGAGGAGCUGACCAGGUUUGCAGAGGCGAAGCUUGGUGGGACAACAACAACAUGUACUUUAUCCUCUUUUCUGGCCAGACUCUGAGUGAGUGCAAGAUGAGAUGCCGCCUGACAGAUGGUUGCAAGGGCAUUGAGUAUGGCCCCUUUGGGCGGUGCGAGGUUUGGACACGGAGUGCUGGCAUACAGUCGACCAGAACUCUGGCAGGGUACAAGUGCCUCCGCUAC